CGUAGCAGCGAGAUGCGUUCGUUCUCUCUGGCGAGGAAGAUUUGUUUUCUUCCAGCAUUUGGCGUUUGUUGAACGCGAGCAAAAGUGUGAAGUGUGCCCAGAAUGUGUCACCACAGCAGUCAGGCCGUGCCGUAAUUAAAAGCCGUACAAUACGACGCCGCGAAGACCAAUUUCGGGUGUUGGUCUCCCGGAAAGGUUAACUCUUUUUUAUCCGCACGAACCGCACAUAUGGUCCCCCCGUGGUGGUUGACAAGGGAAGGCGUUCGGUUGCGAGUUGUUCUUCCGUGCAGGUUGGAAGAUUGUUUGGCGUUCGGGUUGGGUGGUUUGGCAAAAGCAGAGCGCUGGUGAAAGAUGUGAAAAUAGUGAACAGAGUGUGGUGUGGUGUUCCGUUUUUGAUCGGUUUUCCGAUACGUUCUGUGUUUCUGUAAGAAUCGAAGCAAUCUGUGACUUCCCCGGUGGUAUAAGUUGUGCAAGCGAGCAGCACUCAAUUUGAUCGAUAUUUACUGCAGGUGAAGGGAAAAAGUGUAGGGCCGUGUCGGUGGUCCGCGAGUCGGGAUCGAAAAAUCGACAUGAAAUCUGUGUGACCUCAAAGAUUACUAUAAAAUAUAACACCUAGAGUUGGAGUUCUCGUCGUCAAACCUUGUGCAGUUCCGCUGAGCAUGUCACCACAGCCUACUACUGUAUUGGCAGUACAACGACGACGAACUACUUGAUCCGAUUGGCCGUGAAGUGGAAUGUAAGAAAAAAACGCACCGAGUAAAAGGCGGCCUACAAUAGAAGGACAUACGCACCCGAGUCGUCACUGGCAGAAAGAAAGAAUCUGUCCCCACCAUCGUCCGCGUCGUCAUCUUUCACCGUCGGGCGGUGUUUGGGAUCAUCGCCUCGAGAAACGCAUCGCAAACCGUGUCAUCGUCGCAUCGCAGACGACGCGUCAAGCCGCCGCGACCGACACAGAAUAAGCGCAGCACCGAAAUCCAACCCCAAAACAAGCGGUGGAAGCACAUUCGCGCGCGGAUCAUCGUGUCAAACGCGCCAACAUUGCUGCAAUAAUUCGGAUACUGGUGCCGUGUUUAUGUAAUACGGAGGCGAUCGUAUCGAUCGUGGCCCGGCUAAUUGACGACGGUCCGCAUAUGUAGCUGUACAGUUUUAUAUAGUUGACGAUCGAAGCAAUAGAAUGUAAUGCAGCGGUACACGGUGCAAUGCGCUCGUCCGGUGGCAUCGGACACAACAACGAUCGCAAGCCUAAUCUAACGCGGCAUGGUGCAAUUGAGAACUGUUGGUCGCAGUAAGUUGUACGAUCGCGUCGUGUAAUGGUUCCAGCCAGCCUGGUCUGGUGAAUACAAGCGGCAUACCCCCAAAGCAUAAGAACCGCACGUUAAGAAAAUGAAUUCGGACGAUAUAUACGAAAAUCUACCGUGUCACACCGAUGAGGCACUGCGGAACGGAAACGGGACGACCACCAGCAACACCGGAAAUCGUGCGUCACGAGACGCUACCGACGAGAACGGUGAGGGCAAAAUGCAGAACAACCUAGCGCUGAACAGCAAGGACAUGUUGUACGCGACACCGUUAAAAAAAUCGGAACGACCGGGCAAGGUGCUCAACAACAGUGCGCCGGCCGUGCAGAAUGGGAACGUGGCGGCUGCAUCACCGGGCAGCAAACCGUCGGCUGCGCACAGUAGCGCCCUCAGCGGUGCAGAAGCAGACCGGGACACAAAGAUCAUCAACGCCGAACUGGAGGAUCGACGGAUACGGGACUUUCUGAAGGACACGUCGCAGAUGCAUAAAAAGAUCGAGCUUCACAAGACGUACCAAAGUUCGAACUUUUCCUACCUCGCGCGCAAGGAACACUUUGCCGAUUUGGUGCAGCGUAAUGUGAACAGCAAUAAUGGUGAUCAGCAGCAGCCGCCACCGUACUGUGUGGCUGGUGAGGAUGAACUCGAUUCUACUGCUGCGCUGGCGGUGGUAGCCACUGGCUACAAAACACUGGCCGGCGAGGAAGAGGACAACAACUUAGAUCUCGACGUAAACGAAUCGUUGAACGAGCUGGAGGCGCGUUGUAAUGAGAAGCUUGAGAUGCUGGCGAAGCUGAACCGAACGAGACCGGGCACUGCGACCGAGCAGCAAUCGCAGGAAGAUAAUGAACAGGCGGACCUGAUGGGUCAUACGCCCGUGGAGCUGGAGGCCGGUGUCGUGCCUAAACCGUCGGCACCUCCACUGUCCGCGCUCAGUACGGAGCGUGCAUCGAAAAGCAACAAUUUGGGUGAUCCGCUCGGUGGAGGAGGCAGCACAGGUGCGGGCAGUGAAGCCAUUAUAAGUGCCCAUCUGAACCGGGAGUGGGUGUUGAAGAAGAUAGCCAUGUGUUUAGAGCAACGGACCUCAAAGAAACCGGUACCGCCGGUACCGUCUUCGGUGCCGAACGAUAUUGCCACACCAUCCGGUUCGUCCGUACCACCGGCAGCUGCUGGAGGAUACUUUGCCCGGGGCGGACAGAGUGGAGCGAGUGGUAUACCACCUACUGAUGGUCUAAGAGGAGGCGGAGGAGGAGGAGGAGGAGAGAACGGGCUACCUUCGCUGGGCUAUCUUGUGCUGGGCUCUAACGGUUCGGGGAAAACGUCAAUCUGCAACGAUAUCAUCGAGGGCACGACAGGCACUAAGGGGAUGCUCAACCGUAGGCUGUUGGCUUGCUACUUUGUCAACUCGCAGAACCCGGAAUGCCACAGCCUGAGUAUGUUUAUUCGAAGCGUUAUAUUGCAGAUUUUAAGCCACUCAAGCUACGUUAACAGUGCCGCCAACAGUGUGGCUGGGCAUGAGCUAAUCAACCUAUCGGAAACAUCCUUCGAGGUGAACGAACAGCAACCUGUGAGUAAUAGUAACGAUUGUCUACCGGAGGCGGACCAGCAACAGCUAAAGGGAGCAGAACCAUCAGCACCAGCAAAUCAUUCCCCCGAUGCCGAUGUUCUCCGAUCGGAUCCACCACCCGUCACCCAAACUGAGCGUACCAACGAGUCCAGCGAAACGGUCGAUAAGGAGCUGGAGGAUGCGAUUCGCACGGAAAUGAAGAUUAACGAGCGGGUGGCCGAAUUUUGCUCGAGCCGUAAGAAAGUGUCCCGCCAGCAGUCGGAACCGGUCGAAAGUUUGAGUCGCGAUCGGGAGCAACCUACCUAUCCGUACAAAACGCAUCCACCGCCGAUGACGAAAGCGGCGGCCGAAACGAAUGCCGAUGGAGAGGAGAAGCUGGAUAAGGCGACGAUGAGCCCGGGCAGGCCGGCGAAAGUUUCCAAGAUUCCCAUCGCGAUCGGCAGUACGAUAAGAAGCCCCAAGAAGAUGUCACCAACGAAGGAGGACGUUGGUCAGCGCGAUAGGGGACAGGAAACGGAUGCCGAAACAAGGCAGGCACCGGAAGAGGACAUUAUCCUUGAAGGUGGUGGUGAAGCGAUUGCGGAAGGCGAUGUUAGCGAUAUAAAGCUGCUGCAGGACGACGAAGCUAUCGAUGUGAAAGCCAGUGAGAGUAGCGAGGAGGUGAAAAAGUCCCUAGAACCGCUCAUUGCGCCAGAAGAAGCAUCAUCGGUGCGGGUGGAUUGCGUGGAAAGGACACAUCCCCAGAUACGUCCCACCAAACCGAUGGAAACGAGCAUUCCACCACCGUUGCCAAAGUCGAAAAACUGUCGGCAGGUAAUUGCGGACGGGUACUACGAGAUGCUGCUGAGCAAUCCGGACAUUUUCGAGUUGCUUACGGUGGACAGCAUCGAGAAGAAUCCGGACGAUUGCUUUAAGAAGGCGAUUCUCUUCCCACUGCUGGAGCUGUGCCCGCCGAAAAAUGCGCUCCUGCUGUUGAUUGAUUCGAUCGACGAGAACUACAUCCAGGACGGGAAUCUGAUAUCGACGCUGAAGGGCAAGCAGGUGACGAAGAGCCGCAACAUUGCGGAGCUCCUCUCCAACCACAUACACCUGAUGCCGAAGUGGCUGUUUAUGGUGUGCACGGCCAAGAAGCAGAACAAAAACAUCACCAAACUGUUCACCGGGUUCAAGAAGCUGACGCUGGACGAUCUGCGCAAAUCGCACGUGGUGAAGGACGUGCAGCAGUACAUUAUCAACCGGCUGAACACGGACUUCCGGGGCAUCAACCUUACCAAAGACAUCAUCGAGAGUUUGAACCAGCUGUACAUCAAAUCGAACGGCUGCCUGCUGUAUCUGUACAAGGUGUUGAACGGGAUCCGGGAGAACUUUUUCACGUUCCGCGAGAUCAAGCUGAUACCGUGCACGCUGAACGGGUUGUACCUGUACAUCUGCCAGAAGUCGUUCAACAAGAAGCAGUACAGCAAGAUACGCCCGAUCCUGAACGUGCUGCUCGUGUGCAACAGCUACGUGGACAAGUACUUCAUCUACAACUGUCUCCGCACGCACAACUACACGCUCGAGAUGGAGGACUUUGAGCGGCGGCUGGAGCUGAUGCGCAACAUCGUGGAGUACAGUCCGAUGAAUCCGGGCGCGGUGCGCAUCUUUCACAACUCGUUCUGCGACUGGUUGAUCGAUGUGAAGUUUAGCACGAAAAAGUUUCUGUGCGACUUGAACGAGGGCCACGUGAUGGUUUCGAUGUACUACACGGUGGUGGCCGACGAGAUUUGUCCGAACAAGCUGCGGCUGUAUCUGUACCAUCUGAUCAAGACGGGCGAGUAUUUGACGAGCAAAAACGUUGAUCUCGAUCUGCUGCUAAUUCUGCUGGAAACGAAAUCGAACCUGAGCGACUGCUUCUACACCAACCUGCUGAACUGCUGUGCGAUGUGUGAGGACGAGUGUCGGAACGAUAUUAAUCUGUCCGCCCGCACAAAGUACAUGCUGGACCGGUUUCUGAACGGGCAGCUGAACGAUGAUUUUAUGAUCUUUUUGAACGACUUCUUUAAACCGAACCUACCGACGGACUGUAAGGUGCUGAAGCUGCUGAUCGAGACGGGCAUUAAUAAUGCGGACACGGCACUGUCCUGCGAAUCGUCGGCCAUCAAUUCGCCGGUACUGUCGGAUCGGUCGCAGAACAUCGAUUCCGAGCUGGCGGAGCUGUUGAUCUCGAGCGAAAAAAGUUGCCAGCAGGAGCUGCAGAAGUCGAUCCAUCUGGAGCUGCUGGAUGGUGGAGGUGUUCCGGCCGGAGCUGCCGGCAUGCUCGAUGGGCAUGGAGUGGGGAGAGAUGGGGCUGCUGCUGCUGCUGCUAUCGGUGGUGUAUCGGCCGGGCUGGUGGCUCGCCAUCGGUACAGUGCCGGGCCAUCGAUUACGAGUGGCGGUGGUGGUGAUGGUGGCAGCAGUGCGCUGGGUGACUCCAAAUCGGACAUACAGAACGAUCGGGUCGGUAGUGCAGUGCAGUGCGACAUGUUCGAGGGAGAGAUGCACAAGGGCAAGGCGUUGAUACACAUACUGGCGAACGAAGGCAAUCACACGCUGCUGGAACGAGCGUUGAAUGCAUGCAAGGAUCCGAUCGAUCUGGAAAUUGAAGAUCUCAACGGCCAGACGGCACUAAACAUUGCGGCGCGAAACGGGCAUCAGGAGAUAGUGAAGCUGCUGCUGACGUACAAACAGCCGCUGAGGGACGGAACCGGCCGAUAUCGUAUGAUUGACGUGAACCAUGCGGACCGUGACGGAUGGACCCCGUUACGGUCGGCUUCCUGGGGCGGCCACACGGAGGUGGUGAAGCUGCUCAUCGAGACGGGCGUUUGUGCAAUCGACCGUGCGGACAAGGAAGGACGUACGGCGCUUCGUGCGGCUGCCUGGAGCGGCAACGAGGACAUCGUGAAGAUACUGAUCGAGGCGGGUGCGAACGUGAACUCGAUCGAUAAGCAAGGACGCACGUCGCUGAUUGCCGCAUCGUACAUGGGCCAUUACGAUAUCGUUGAAAUACUGCUGGAGAACGGGGCGGACGUGAAUCAUACCGAUCUAGACGGAAGGAAUGCGCUGUGUGUGGCGGCACUGUGUGGAAGCUCCGGCUACAGUCGGGUAAUUUCGACGCUGCUAGAGUACGGUGCAAACACGGAUCAGACGGACAACGAAGGUAUGUCACCGUUGCUGGUGAGCUCGUUCGAAGGGAAUGCCGAGAUCUGUGAGCUGCUGCUGGAGAACGGUGCCGAUCCGGACAUGGCGGACAACAUGGGCAGGACACCGCUGUGGGCCGCUUGCACCUCGGGCCAUGCGAAUGUGGUGAAGCUGUUGCUUUUCUGGGGCUGUGGAAUUGAUUGCAUGGAUUCGGAAGGGCGCACGGUGCUGAGCGUUGCGGCGGCCCAGGGGAAUCUGGAGACGGUACGGCAACUGCUGGAUCGCGGGCUGGACGAAACGCAUCGCGAUAAUGCCGGUUGGACACCGUUGCACUAUGCCGCGUUCGAGGGUUACGCCGACAUUUGCGUGCAGCUGCUGGAAUCGGGUGCGAAGAUCGAUGAGUGUGAUAACGAGGGCAAGGCCGCGCUGCAUCUGGCCGCCCAAGAGGGCCACAAUGCGGUGAUGGAAGCGAUCCUGAACAUACACCGGCCGUGCAUCGAUCAGCGAGCGCACGACGGCAAGACGGCGUUCCGGUUGGCGUGCCUGGAGGAGCAUUUUGAGUGCAUCCAGACGCUGCUAAAGUUUGGUUGUGAUAUCAACUCGAAGGAUGCGGAUUCGCGCACGACGCUGUACAUUUUGGCGCUGGAGAAUAAGCUGAAGGCGGUCAAGUUUCUGCUCGAGUACUCGAACGCGGACGUCAACAUUCCGGACAGCGAGGGCAGGACGGCGCUGCAUGUGGCCGCCUGGCAAGGGCAUGCCGAGAUGGUGAAGCUGUUGAUAACGCUCGGUAAUGCCGAUGUGAAUGCGAUGGAUUUGGAAUCACGAACACCGCUGCAUUCCUGCGCCUGGCAGGGCAAUCACGAGGUGAUGCAGCUCUUGCUGUACUACGGUGCCAUAUCGGAUCAUGCCUGCAAGCAGGGCGCAACGGCUCUCGGGAUUUCCGCACAGGAAGGGCACGAAAAGUGUGUCAGCUAUUUGCUAAAGUACGGUGCGAACCCGUACAAAUCGGACCACUGUGGACGGACGCCGAUCAAGCUGGCGGCCAAAUCGAAUCGGAACAAUGUGCUUCGCAUACUGGAAAGUUUUACCAAAAAUGAUUUGGACUGUGGUAAGGUGAUGCAUCCUCAUCUGAACUUAAAAUCGCCCGACGAACUGCCACCCUGCAGCUCGAUCCACAAUCCCUCACCAUCGUCCGGUUAUCCGAACAAUCCAAACUUGCUAAUACCGGCCAGCGGUGGUGGUGGUGGUGGUUCGGCAAUGCUUAAUGCAUCUUCAACCAAUUCGAACACAACCAGUUCUACCACGCAAAACAACAACUUUUACGAAAACACGAUGCACUCGGACACGAGCAGCUUGCAGAAGCGUAAAAGUGUCAUCUCUAGUCAAUCUACCGGUAGCAGUAACGAGCAAGCACCGAUGUCGUUUACGCAGCAGCUUCAAAAACAUUCGCGCCACCAUAACUCGAAAUCGCAUCACAUUGUGCAGCAGCAGCAUCAACCGCAUCAGCAGCAGCAAACGUCCACCUCUUCGGUGGCCAAGUUUGCUAGCAAAAAACAUUCCCAGGUACUGCCGAACGUCGAGGAGUACCAAUCAAAUAUCGCAUCAAACAUACGCAUAAAUCCGAACGAUGCCGACCUGUUCGAUCUGGGCUGCAUGUCACCACUGUACGCUACGCCGCCACAUUCGCCCAGCAGCGAAAUAAGCUCGCCGGGCCAGAAUCAACCCCCUUCGUCGUUGGCGCUGCUCGGGAAGCAGUUCGAGGAGAUGAACAUUAGCCUUUCGAACAACAGCACGAUCAUGAACCCGCACGAUAAUCACUUUGCCCGCGAUACGCAUAUGCGCAUCAUUCUCGGCAACAACCAGAAGGAGGGCGGACAACUACAGGGAGCGAAUGGGGGAGCUGGUGCUGGAGGUAAAUCAUCCAAACGCAGCGGUAUUGCCACGAAUCCGGCAAUGCGCCUGAUACGCAACCGUAUCGAUUCAGCGGCCCAGCUGAUCCGACGCACCAACAACAUACUUUCCAGCGGCGGCAACAACCAAGGUUCGUCCAGUAUCGGGGUAAAAUCGGGCACGUUCCAGUGGCGUAAGGAAAGCCAGAUGUAAGUGCACCGUGUCGUGCAAAAGCAAUGGGUUGGGCGGGUUAGAAUAACGAAACGAGAUGAGCGCAGUGUGUGUGUGUGUGUGUGUGUGGUUGUGGUGUUUGGAAAGUUUAUACAUAUUACCGAAUGUUCCCUGCCCUGGCACUCUGUAGCGGUACAGUAUUUAUAGUAAGCGAGCACACGUGCACAAUUUUUUUCCCCCCGUAACGAUUUGAACGUAGCACUGUUCAACAGAAGCCGAACGAUCAUGAUACACGUGGCGAUUGCAUGGGCCGAUCAUGGCAUCAUGGGCUUUAAGGAUUGUAUCCUGCGAGAGGGAGGCGUGGAGUAGGCAAUAGAACAUAGGGGUGUGUCUUGGAUCGGUAUGUGAUGUAAAAGUGUGGCAUUUAUUAUUCUCAGCAAGGAGUGUGUUCCCGCACCUGAUUUCAUACCGUUCUGCUGGUAGCUGGCAAGGGAGCACACUCGUUUUUUAAAGUGUAAGAGUUUAUCGUCCGGUUGUAGGAGAUUCAAAAGGGGGACACAGGGAUACAAGCAGCACAUACACAAGCAGCACCUAGAGAGAUUCUGAUCAAAACGAUCUUUGCUACCUUUUUUUCCUGGCUGUUGUGUACCGUUUUGACCAAAUUAUUUUACUCUUUUGCUACCUAACGUUGAAGAAGCUUUUUUGCCCGCCCUUUUUUUGUUUUCUUACCAAGAUGGGAAUCUAUUUUCAUACCGAUUUAUCUAAAUGGGAACGCGAUGCAAGUUGUUCCCUCCUAUUCAUACUCUAUAGGCGUCUGCCGUCCGGUACAGAAUGUUAGUAUGACGGACUGAUUUUUUGAAGCCUGAUUUGAAGCCACGACAAUCUGGUUCUGUUGACCUUUGAAAUCGGUUCCCGACGAUGGGGGUUGUGUGUUAGCUAUCAGAAAAUAGUUUUUCUUUGGUGUUUUUUUUUUAUGAAACUAUUUGCGUUCUACGUGAGAUUAGCGAAUCGAGAACGAUCACAUGGCCUUUACGCUCGCGGUGUUGCGUUUGCGGGUGGAAUUAUGUUAGUGUUCGUUUUUUUUUUGUAGCCCGUUUUUCUCUUCUAAACAUCCUUAUUUAUUUUUAUUUAGAAAAAAAUAGAUUACAGGGUUUCUCAGGCCAAUUUCAGUUAUAUGCUGUUGAAAUAUAGUGUGACAGCUGAACUGGCCUGAGAAACCCUGUAAUUAAAAGUCGCGUAAACAGAAACCCAGUUAUAAAUGCCAAACGAUGCAACUAUACUGUGGUUAACAUUAUAUCGAUCGACUUAAAAGUAUUUCGUGCGAAAAGGAGGGGAUAGGAAAACCCCAAAAGGGGCACUCAACCAGACAGCACUCACCUCUACCACGUUAGACUCUGUAAGCGUAUAUUUUGAUCGAGCCGUACCCAUGACGAGUAGAUUUACUUAUUGUGUUGAAGCCCUAAAUUGAGCAAUAAGUCCUUUGAGUUUCACCCCUUUUGCCACCAUUUGCUCUGUGUGAACUUGGUACUGAGAGUGGGAAAGUAGCGAAAGAAGAAAAAGAGCCAUAAAAAACUAGGAUAGGAAAAGGGAAAAUAAGAUUGUCGCUCAAAAAUCGAAACGAGAGGUGGAAAGAUUGAAUUGUGGAGAGCCAAACUUACUGAUUCUAGUCGAUAUUGUUCAUCAGUUAGUACGGGGGCAGCAAGUAUGAAUGCGCAAUGAUUUAGAAUGAUCGGAUGAUGCAAAAAAAAAACGGUCUGUUUUCCCUCACUGCCGCCCACUGAUUAUUUUUCGCCAGUCGAGCGUUGAAGAGACAAAUUAAUUUAAUGCAACAUAUACUUAUAGAAACGGAGUUUGCUGCUCCCGCAGGUUCGUUCUCGGCACCACCUGUAUAGAUCGAUGAGAAAGGAAAUGUGUGAUUUUUGUACGUUUUUUCUUUUCUUCUAUCCCUUUUUGUGGUACAAGUAAGCUAACUUUCAGGCGCAUAGAUACAUUUACGAUUGAAUAGUGUUUCCAGUUUGAUGGCCCAAACAACUAGCCUGAAUUAUUUAUUCGUUUUCGUUGUGUCUUUCUGUUCACCCGAGAGAGAGAGAGAGAUACAGACGGAAUAGACAGAGUGGUAGGCAGACAGAGUAGUUUUUGGCGUGAAUAAUUCCUUCUUAUUUCAAUCUAAUUGACAGUCAGGCAGACAGACCCUCUUCUAACAAAAAAAGGGAACGUGUAGUGCAAAAGAAAUAAACAAACAAAAUUCAAGUAGAAAUUGCUUCAGA